AGUUUUGACGAAAAAUCGUAUUGUAGCUAUGACUAAGUAUGGCUGGUAGUGUGUUAUUGAAAAGUUUUGCUAGAAUUUCAGCAAAUUUAGCUGAAAGAACAUCAGUACAAUGUGUUUCGGUAAGGUAUGCAGGAUACUGGAAUAAAGAUUGGAGGCCAGGACCCUAUCCUGUUACUCCUGAGCAACGUGAAGCUGCAGCAAAAAAAUAUGGUCUGCGAGUAGAAGAUUAUGAGCCAUACCCUGAAGAUGGAUUUGGAUAUGGUGACUAUCCGAAGCUACCGUACACUUCGGCCGAAUCCCGUGACCCUUAUCAAAACUGGGAUAUACCUACAAUGAUGAGAAAUUAUGGUGAACCAAUGCAUACUAAUUGGGAUAUCAUACAGGAGGAUAAAUGGGAUGCUAGCCGAAGAUGGCAAGUUCCACCAUGGAAAAUGGCUCUCAUGUGCAUUGGUAGUUUUGGUGGAAUAAUUUUGACAUACUAUUUGUUAGAACCUUAUCCAUUUUUUGUUCCUAUGAUGCCGAAACAAUUCCCGGAAGAGGGUGUACAACAUUAUACAUUUAAAAGCCAGGAUUAA